CAAAAAAAUAAUGUAGAAAAAUAACCAUUGUAAACAUCACGAGCAUAAAUAUUCUGUUUCUAAGGCAUAUAAUUACACCGACCAUUACGCAGAUGAUUCAGCUGUUUGUCAUUUAAUAUAAAGAUUUACAGACAUUAGACAUUUCAGUCAGCGUUCAAGCGUCUUCAAGAACAUUAACUUAGCAGCUAAAGAACUAAAUUUUUAACCAUGAAAAAAAUUAUUAUUUUCGGUUCUACUGGUAUGACCGGUCUAUGUGCUUUAGAACACGCAGUUAAUAAAGCUUAUGAAGUAACCGUAUUUGUGAGAGACGAAGCUAAAAUUCCAGAACAUCUAAAAGGAAAAGUAAAAGCAAUAACCGGAAAUGUUACUAAUUAUGAUCAAGUGGAAUCAUCAAUUGCUAAUCAGGAAGGAGUCGUCGUUGUACUGGGAACCAGAAAUGAUUUGAAGCCUACAACUGAAUUAUCUGAUGGAAUGAAAAAUAUAAUACGUGCUAUGAAAAAAAAUAAUGUCGAAAUAGUAUCAGUUUGCUUAUCAGCAUUUUUAUUUUGGCCACUUGAAAAAGUUCCAAAACAAUUUCUUGAUUUGAAUGCUGAUCAUCAACGUAUGUAUGAUGCUAUUAAAGAAAGUGGUCUUAAAUGGAUUGCCGUUUUCCCACCUCACAUUUCCGAAUCGCCAAAGUCAACUUAUACAGUUAAGCAUGACGAAUCUCCUGGGCGUAUGAUUUCCAAAUAUGAAUUGGGAGAGUUUUUAGUUGAUUGCUUACAAAAGCCAGAACACUACCAAAAAGUUUGCGGCCUUGCUACAGAUCCCAAGCAAUAAUUGAGAUUAAGAUAAGAAGCAUUGUAAGAAUUGUAUGCAAUAAAUACGUAACAUGUUUUUGUAUAAAUAUCAAUGUUAAAUAAAAAAUAAAAUAUCUUCUUAUAAAAAAUA